AUGUACGCUAGAACCUGUUUCAAAUGUGGUGACACCGGUCACAUCGCCAAUGACUGUCCUCAAACCGAACGUCUUUGUUACAACUGUCACAAGCCAGGUCACAACUCCAGUGACUGUUCCGAACCACACACCGCUGCUGAAAAGACCUGUUACAUUUGCGGUAAGACCGGUCACAUCAAGAGUGAUUGUUCAAACAACAGUGUCCGUUGUUACAAGUGUCAAAAGAUCGGUCACUUCUCCAAGGACUGUUCCAACACCGCUGCUGCUGCUCCUGCUGCCUCUGUUCCAAGAAGCUUUGCUGGUAAGCAAACCACUUGUUUCAAGUGUGGUGGUAUCAACCAUUUCGCCAGAGACUGUCAAGCUGCCGAUGUCAAAUGUUACAACUGUGGUUUGACCGGCCACAUCUCCAAGGCUUGUUCCAACGCUGAAGGUAGUCGUGAAAAGACCUGUUACAACUGUCAUCAACCAGGUCACAUCUCCAAAGACUGCUCCAUUGCCGCCUAA